AGCAGUGGUAUCAACGCAGAGUACUUGUUUUUCUCUUUUCUCUUCGUUUCUUCGUUUUUAAUCUAAAAUAAAAUCUUUUAAGGCCCUCAAUGGUAUCCAAUUGUUGGGAAUAGUAUUCAACUGCGAAGGACUGCUGGGAAAUUAGGCUGCACCCAGCUUGUCUAUGAGGAGUGGAAUCGUAAAUUGGGGAAUCCUCAUGUUAUUGGCUUUCGUCUUGGGGGAAAAUUCUUUGUGCUUGGAACUUCGGCAAAGGCAGUAACGGAAAUCUAUCGAAAUCCCCUCUUUGCUGGACGCCCAAAGGAUUUAUUUACCUUCAUUAGAACCCUUGAAACCUUCGGAGGAAUUACUUUCACCGACGGUGACCUUUGGAAGGAGCAUCGCUGUUUUACGGUUAAACGCUUGAAAAGUCUCGGAUUUGGCUGUGGCUACAUGCAGGGAUUAAUUGAGAAGGAACUCUCGGCAUUUAAGGAAGUAAUCCAGGAGGAAAUGACCCGUGAAGGCUCCCUGUGGCCCGGAGAAUUCCUCAAGGAGUCUGUUAUGAAUGUUUUAUGGACAAUUGUUGCGGGGAAUGAUGCUGAGCAUCGUGUCCUAUCGAAAACUCUCAUGAAUCUCCUUGAGAAGCGUCUGAAAAAUUUUGAUAUUUCCGGAGGAGCUCUAUCGGAUUUCCCCUGGUUGAGAUUUGCUGCUCCCGAAUAUUCUGGCUACAAUCUUCUAUGUCAGAUUAACAAGGAAAUCACAUCAAUCCUCAAGAAAAUAAUUGCCGUCCAUCAGGAGCGUUUUAGCGAAGAGAAAGCCAAUGAAAAUCUCAUCUAUGCCUUCAUUGAGGAAAUGAGGAAGCAAGAAACGAAGGAAGGAUCAACUUUUACGGAGAAACAACUUAUGGUCGUCAUGAUGGAUUUUAUUAUUGGUGGAUCCUACUCAACCAGAGCUACCUUUGACCUUUCCCUCAUGACCCUCGCCCUCUACCCAGACAUUCAGGAGGAAAUUCAUGCCGAAAUAGCCAAAGCAACGCCUCUAAAUUCAUCAAACUUCCAUUCAGGGGAUCUUCCUUUGUGCCAAGCUUUCCUCAUGGAAAUUGCCCGAUUCUACAGCAUUGUCCCCACGACUGGACCACGAAGAGCUUUCGCGGAAACUCAACUCUGUGGCUACACCAUCCCCAAAGACACAACAAUCCUCAUUGGGAAUGAAUUUGUGCACAUGGACAGAACAUUUUGGAAUGAUCCCGAAAUCUUUCGCCCAUCGCGCUUCCUCAAUGAGGGGAAAACCAAAAUAAUCAAUUCAGAUCGAGUUCAUCAAUUCGGUCAGGGUAAGAGGAUGUGCCUCGGUGUCCCACUAGCUAAAUCCUUCCUGCACACCUUCCUUACGGGCAUUGUGCAAGACUACAGAAUCUCUCCAGCUCCCGGAAAGGAGCCACCGAGUCAAAAUUUAAUUCCCGGACUAUUUAAAACGAUUAAACCCUACCAAGUUCAGUUUAUACGGAGAUUUUAAUGAAUAUUUUGCUUAAUUCUUUAGAGCAUUUUAACGACAUAUUUUUGUAAAUAUUAUUAACUGCGUAGAAAGAAAUAUCUUAUUGAUAAAAAAUUUUGCACAAAAAGUCAUCUUGUGAAAUAGUUUUGGCGACUUGACAAAGUUUUAUGUCUAAUUAAAGUUUUUUUCCCAAUGAAAAUUUUCUUAAUUUAAAGCCAAAACUAUAUUUACUAAAUAGGUAGGGGAGACCGGGGUAAAAAAUGUGAAUUUUCAUAAAUCCUUAAAUUUUUUCGAUAGAUCAUUUUCAUAGGAAAUUUCCUGACCUACAACUUUGUCUCAGACCGCUUUUUUCUAUCUUCCCGGGAAAUAUGAGUUUUCGAGCUUUUCCUGAACCCUUCCGCUUCUGACUUUUUUUUUAACUAGGCGGGUCAAUAUAGUCACCAGUGGGGUAAAUAAAGUCGGUCGAAUUUCCCGACAUUUCCAAUGAUUUUUCCCCUGAGAGAUUGAUAGUAGUUGGAUAGCUAAACUUCUAACCUUUUGAUCCGCGACAAGGAAUUUUAUUUUUUUACCCACUAAGGCAGAGAAAAGGCAUUAAUGGGAAUAUCUCAAGUAUGGUAAAUGCUAGAAAAUCUAUUUCUCAAAUCGUUCCAAGUUUGAGGAAAAUCCUAUCAUUAGAUUUUCUUUUAUUUAAUAAAAAAUCAUUUUCACAUUUACAAGUGCUUUUGGCAUUUUAGGAGUUUGUCAUUUUCAAUAUAUUUUAUUUAGCUUAAAAAUUAAUUUAUACUUCACUAAGGGACAUUGAUCCCUAGUAAAUACGAUAAUGACAUCCACUUCCCGAUAUCUCAAAUAGAUUUUCCAGUUGAAAUGGUUUUAUCCGGAAUAUCGGAGUGGGGUAAUUUGGCCACUUAAGUUUUUUCGGAACAAUUUUCCGACCACAUUUAAUAUAUUAAUUAUGGUUAU